GCAUUCUUUGCACCAGAUCUGCCCAUGUGGGAACAUGCAAAGUUUGGGAGUGUAGUGUUCGUGAUGACAUUUACGGCACCUUAUAUUGUUGGUGCCAUGGGUUUUGGAGCAGGCGGAAUUGCAGUGGGAUCUUUUGUGGCUUGGAUUAUGUCACUUUAUAAUGGUGCAGUCACAUCUGGGAGCAUGUGUGCGAUAUUACAAAGCAUAGGGGCUACAGGUGGUUUCAUGAGCACUAUUGCAUCUGUUAUAACUGGAGCUGUUGUAAGUGGCGUUUCGAUGUGUCUUGAAAUAUUCUAUGGAAAAAGCAAACUAUCCAAAUCUGAAGAAAGUUCAUUAGAAGAGUUUCUCAAAAUCAGUCAAUCAAGAAAUACAAUUACAUUUGAUUUUGAUACUCUUAUUCGGCAAAAUGAGGAAUAUGUAGAUAAGUUUUUGGAUGUCUUAAUGGCUGUUGCACCAUCCACGAACUCAAAUAUAUUUAAGGUUAAUAAUUGUGAUGAUAGUUGCCUUCAUGUCUUAGAAAGGUUGAGUAAAACUUAUGAAGAUUCAAGGGUGGAUUAUAUUUCUAAUUUGAGAAGUAUUCAAUUAGAUAUUUCAACUUUCAAACAUCCUACUGUACUCCAAAAAAUCAUCAAAGCAAUUUCUGAAACAAAUGGAAAUAAACAUAUAAAUUAUUUUAUUCGUUAUUUUAACAACAUUCAAAACUGUGCAAAUGGUAAAUUUAAAGAAAAAAGGAAUUCCAAAACAAAUGUAAUAUCCCCAUGGUCAAGACAAUCUGGAGUUGGAAAAUCAACACUGUGUGAAAAUCUCCUGGAUAGUUUUUGGGUUGAUCAUAAAUGGAAUGGAUGUUGUAAUCAGGAAUGGGCAAUAUUUUAUGGAUUUUAUGGAUGGUUAGGUUAUGACUUCAUUCUAAGACUACUUGAUAAAACACCUUUAACAGUAGAAAUUAAAAGUGGAAUUUAA